AUGUUGCAGAUAUAGCCUAAUAAAUAAUCUGUCAGUGGUAAUAAUUAUUACAUUUUAAAUAAAACCAUGUAGGUCAGUGAUAUUUAUAGCGAUGAGAGGCGUGAAGCCAAAGGGGGGCGUGUACUGAGCCGUGUGUAAACCUGCCUCUCUAAUAAGUUCGGGUCCGAGAGCACUGAGAGCCAGAGAAACCACCAAGUCGUCCAAGAAGUUGGAUGUAGGCUGCAGGCUGCAGCUGGCAACGCUACACGCGGUUUUUUGUCCUCCAGGAGCUCCAUAUUGCGGAAUCAGAGGAGAGACUCAUGCUCAGUGUCAGCAUGAAGCUGGCGGUUCUCUGGCUCUACAUUUUGCACUUGGCCUUUGUCAGUGCUGGACUUCUCAGCCGGAUCGAUCAACAAAAUGCCAAAACCAACAUGUCAGUCGGCUUGGCUCAAGCCCCUCAGAGCACAGGGUCCUUAAACCCUAGCAGACAGAGACUGUUUGCGAGGAGAGGACAGUAUAAACGACAAAGGAUUCACGUGCCGAAACCCAAAGUGGUCCCUGUUACUCCAAAUGACAUCCAGCCUCCCAACAAAGUGGACCCCAAACCUGCAAAGCCCAACUGCUCCCAGAUGACACAGAGCUGCUUGCCUCAGUCCGGCUGCUGUGACCUGAGCGCCUCCUGCCACUGCCGCUUCUUCAACGCAAUCUGCUUCUGCCGGAAGAUCGUGUAAUACGAAGAGGAGAACAUAAAAAACACCAAUACACUAAAACUGAAACACUCUCAGACACACACUACACACCCAUAAACGAACCUGGUCUCACAGG